AUGUGUGUGUGUUACUCAGUGGUCAGUUUACAGAGACCCACGGGGUCUUACACCGUGGCCGGGGCUCCCAGGUACAACCACAUUGGCAGAGCGGUCUUCCUUGGUCGAGACCCUCAGACCCAGCAGUGGGCAGUGAGGCAGACCAUCGAUGGGGAGCAGAUCGGUUCGUACUUUGGCGCCGAGCUGUGCUCCGUCGAUCUGGAAGGUGAUGGUUGGACGGACCUCCUCCUGGUCGGUGCCCCCCUGUACCACGAGACGGACAUAGGCGGCCUGGUCAGCGUGUGCCAAAUAUCGCCUCAGGGUAAUGCUUCCUGCCCCUCUGCCCUCCGGGGUCAGGCGGGCCAGACCCUGGGGCGAUUUGGGAGUGCCAUCUCGGCGCUGGGGGACCUGAACGGGGAUGGACUGACCGACGUGGCCGUGGGGGCGCCGCUGGAGGACGGGCACCGGGGCAGCGUCUACAUUUACCACGGGACGGAGGGGGGCAUUGCCCCCAGUUACAGCCAG